AUGGAAUCAAACUCUGUAAAUUCAGCAUGUAGGGCAAAGGGGUCCCCAUGGACACCACAGGAAAACAAGUGGUUCGAGCAGGCUUUGGCUAGGUUUGACAAGUAGGACACUCCAGACCGGUGGCUGAAUGUAGCAAGGGCUGUGGGUGGAGGCAAAUCUGCAGAGGAAGUCAAGGGACACUAUGAUAUACUUCUUGAGGAUCUCCGGCGGAUCGAGUCAGGUCGGGUCCAGAUUCCCAAUUACAGGUGAUUCAGUGAUGCAAGCAAUGGCAAUACCGAUGAGGAUCAUAGGUAAACACAUUUACCCGGCUUUGCUCGUUUAGUAUUUUUACCAUAAUUUUCAAUUUCUUCAAAGUAGGAGGUGAUCCAGCCGCACCU